GACGUUCAAAAAUCGAAGCAAAACAAACGCGCAGACAUCUUUGAAAAUGCGUAACGCUCGCUUCAAUUUCUAAUAUUUUCGGUGAAAAAUCGAAUAAUUUCAACGUUUAUUGUCCCUAAUUCAGUGUGAAAUUGUUCAAACCAGUGCAGGUCAAUCGAGCGAAAUGCAUCGACGCGGGGGAAAACGCAUCCGAAUGGAUGAGCCUCCACCGGAAUUCGAGGAACAUCACGAGCCGCCGUUUCACAAUGAACCGCACAACGAGAGUUGGUCGUCGGGUGGCGCUGGGGAGGGCCCCUCCGAGGAGCACCACCUGCCACAUCCGGAAGAGGAACAGCCCACUGGUCGUCCCGGAGCUCGUAUGACGCGGUUGAGGGCGCGUGGUGGCGUCCCGCUGAAAGCUCCUAUCAUCGACGAUGACGAUGAUGAUAUAUUUUUUGGGACGCGUUUCGAUCCGCAUCAGCAGCAGCAACCGUUGCAGCACAAGAAACGCAAGGCCCCGAGGAAGGCUCGCGGGGAGGGAGCUCCGAAGGAACCGAGGGAGAAGCGAGAACGGGUUUACCACCAUGACGAUGAGCGGGUGGUGGUGACGGACCGGGAGAGCACGAUGGAUGAGAGCAGUUUGUAUUUUAUUCUGAGGCACUCGAAGUCGGCCAUCACUGGAAUCGUGGAUGAUUGGAUUGAGAGCUACAAACUGGACAAAGAUUCGGCAUUGAUUGCGUUGAUGAACUUCUUUGUGCAUGCCAGCGGAUGCAAGGGGAAGAUUACCCCGGAGAUGCAGCAGACAAUGGAGCACACGGCGAUCAUCCGCAAGAUGACUGAGGAGUUCGAUGAGGACAGCCACGAGUAUCCGCUGAUCAUGCCCGGGCAACAGUGGAAGAAGUUCAAGAUGAAUUUCUGUGACUUCGUGCAGACGCUGGUCAAGCAGUGCCAGUACUCGAUCAUCUACGAUCAGUUUCUGAUGGACAACGUGAUCUCGCUGCUGACCGGGUUGUCGGAUUCGCAGGUUCGAGCGUUCCGUCACACGGCCACUUUGGCCGCGAUGAAGCUGAUGACGGCGCUGGUGGACGUGGCUCUGCUCGUGUCGGUCAACUUCGACAACGCCGCGCGACAGUACGAUGCGGAAAGGCUGAAGCCUCGCGACAAACGGGCUCCGGAUCGUUUGGAAUCGCUGAUGGCCAAGCGCACCGAGCUGGAGGAAAACAUGGAUGAGAUCAAGAAUAUGCUAACGUACAUGUUCAAGUCGGUUUUCGUGCAUCGCUACCGGGACACUUUACCGGAGAUUCGGGCGAUUUGUAUGUCGGAGAUCGGAAUCUGGAUGCAGAAGUUUUCGCAGAAUUUCCUGGAUGAUUCGUACUUGAAGUACAUCGGAUGGACGCUGCACGAUAAGGUCGGGGAAGUCCGGCUGCGCUGCCUGCAAGCUUUGUUGCCGUUGUAUGAGAAUGAAGAGUUGAAGGGAAAGCUGGAGCUGUUUACGUCCAAGUUUAAGGAUCGCAUAGUGGCGAUGACCCUGGACAAGGAAUUUGAGGCGGCGGUUCACGCCGUUAAAUUGGUCAUUAACAUUUUGAAGAUUCAUCAGGAUAUUCUAACGGACAAGGAUUGCGAAAUCGUGUACGAGUUGGUCUACUCGUCUCAUCGCGGCGUUGCUCAAGCUGCAGCCGAAUUCCUGAACGUUCGUCUUUUCUGUCUAGAUGCGGAUGCCCAAGUAACGUACACUAAACGAGGCAAGAAGCGCCUCCCUAACACUCCCUUGAUCCGAGAUUUGGUGCAGUUCUUCAUCGAAUCGGAACUGCACGAGCAUGGAGCCUAUCUGGUGGAUUCCUUCAUCGACAGUAAUCCAAUGGUCAAGGAUUGGGAAUGUAUGACGGAUCUGCUUCUGGAAGAGCCAGGACCUAUGGAAGAAACUCUGGACAACAAGCAGGAAUCGACGCUGAUCGAGAUCAUGGUUAGCGCCGUUCGGCAAGCAGCCACAGGUGAGCCUCCCGUUGGCCGUGGAAGCAGCCGAAAGAUGACUCUAAGCGCAAAGGAGAUCAAACAAGUUCAGGACGACAAGCAGAAGCUCACGGAGCACUUCAUUCAUACCCUUCCCUUACUCCUGCACAAAUACAGCGCGGAUAGCGAGAAGCUCACCAACUUGCUAGCCAUCCCGCAGUACUUCGAUCUAGAGCUGUACACUACAACGCGUCAGGAAGCGAAUCUUCAAGCCCUGCUGGACAAAAUGACCCACAUCAUGGCCAUCCAGAUCGAUCGCGAAGUGCUCGAAACCUGCGCCAAAACGUUCGAAUUCCUCUGCACCGAAGGCAGCGCCAUCUACACCCGGUGCGACGUGGCCAGAUCGAACGUCAUCGACGAGUGCGUCAAUCGCUACAAGGAGGCCAUCGACGACUACCGCAAUCUGAUCGCUGGCGAAGAAACCCCGAACGAGGACGAAAUCUACAAUGUCAACAUUAGCCUCAAGAAGGUCUCGAUCCUGUAUUCGUGUCACAACCUCAACACCUGGAAUCUGUUCGACUCUCUCUACCAGGACAUCGAGGAGAGUCUCUCGGAGAACGCCGGCGACAACGGAAUCCCCCACGAGGCCCUGGUCUACUGCAUCGAGGCGUGCGUCUUCUCCAUCAACUGGGGACUGUACUUCCUGGAGAACACCAUGGACCGAUCCGCAGCUUCCGAAGUCGACGAGCUCUCCCAGAACCUCCAGAAGUACAUGAACGCGUGCAACGAGCUGAUGCACUACGACAUCGCUCCCACCGUACAGGAAGCGGCCUACAUGUCCAUCUGUGACCUCCUGAUCGUAUUCAGCGACCAGCUUGCUUCCCACCCGAACGAAAACAUCCGAAAGCUGGUGUACACCCCUAGCGCAGAGCAGCAAGGCCUCCUGAACGAGUUCGUCCAAGCCAAUGUCUUCUCCACCGAACAGGAGGAAGGCCACGACGAAACCCGCAUCGAGGAGCUGCACAAGCGGCGAAACUUCCUGGCAGCAUACUGCAAGCUGAUCGUGUACAACAUCCUGCCGAUGAAGUCCGCUGCGGACAUUUUCAAACACUAUCUCAAGUGCUACAACGAGUACGGCGACAUCAUCAAGACCACCCUCGGCAAGACGCGUGAAAUCAACAAGGUCAACUGCGCCAUGACCAUGUGUCUGAGCUUGAUCAACAUCUUCAAGGACAUCCAGGAGGCGUCGCCGGGCGGUCGUGUAUCGCGAAACUCCCAAGAGUUUCAAGAUCUGAAGGAGCUGGCCAAACGGUUCGCUCUCUCGUUCGGGUUGGAUGCAGUCAAGAACCGCGAAGCCAUCACAGUAUUUCAUCGGGCGGGGAUCCUCUUUGCCGUGACCAUUCCGGCCGAUGCGUAUGAGGACCCGUCGGCCCCGCCGCCGUGCAUUGCAUUCCUGGAGGUGCUGGCCGAGUUGACCAACAAGCUGAUCAAACAGGACAAGAAGUUGAUCCUCAGCUUCAUGGAGCGUCGGUUAACGGCGGGUAUGCCGUCCAGUCGGUCCGAGGACUGGCAACCGCUGAUGACGUACAAGAACUCGCUGUUGCACGGCGAAACCGACCAGAUGCCGGUCACGUCGAAGCGGGCGUACUCACGGAAGAAGAAGGACUACGAUCACGAUGACGACGAGGAGCACGACGAUGAAGAUGAUCAGGAUUAUGUUGCGUAAAGGUGUUAUAUCUAUUAUAAGUAAGUAUAUGUUUACACUCUGAAGAGUUGAAGAUUCCAGAUUUAGAUUGAAACUUUAAAUUGAUCGUCUAAUAAUAUAUUACAUAUAUCUGGUAGUGUA